AUGUUGAUGCACGAGAAACUCUUGGCUGGGCAGUUCUUUGAUCUAAAGACUGAUCGCAAGCCGCUGCUGCAUCACCAUCAUCAUCCUCAUCAUCUGCAGCAAUAUCAGCUGCCGCAUAGCCAAUUGCAGCAGUCGCACCACCUACACCAGCAGCAACAGCAUCACCAGCAGCAGCAGCAGCAGCAGCAGCAGCAGCAGCAGCAAGCAUCGCAUUUGACACUGCCCAAAAUGGAUCUGUAUGCCGCCUAUGCCUAUCAGCAACAGUUGCUGGGCAGUGCAGCCGCCGCCGCGGCGCUCAGUCAGCAACAGCAACAGCAGCAGCAGCACCAACAGCAGCAAACAAUUGCUGCUGCCACCGAGGUGCUGGAUUUGUCGCGGCGCUGCGACAGCGUGGAGACGCCGCGCAAGACGCCCUCGCCUUAUCAGACCAACUACAGCUACGGCAGCGGCUCACCCGCCGCCUCGCCCACAGCCAUUCCCAGCAAUCUGCUCUACUCCGCACAGGCAGCAGUCGCCCAGCAGCAACAGCAACAGCAGCAGCAGCAGCAAUUGGCAUCGCUCUAUCCGGCCCUUUACUACGGUGGCAACAUCAAGCAGGAGCCGAACGCCGCAGCUGUGGCCAAGUCCAGCAGCAAUGCCACUGCCAGCCUGUUGCAAACCUUUGCCGCCGCCUCGGCUGCAGCGGCAGCAGCUGCUGCCGUCUCGGCCAGCGCUGUGGAUCACUCGCCACGGCCAGCCAGCAAUGCCAGCACCAUGCAAAUCGAUGUGCUAGAGGCGCCACAGUCGCCACCAGCCAGCACCACAGCACCGCUUUCCAUAGCCGGUGGCGUCGAUGGAAGCAAGAAUACGCGCCCGUUUAAGGCCUUUCCGCGUGAUCCGCUCGUGAUUGCGGCCAAUUUCGCUGCCACGGAUGUGCUGUUGGAUAAUCCUCGCGUGGAGCGCUAUACGGAAUAUCGUAAGCGCGUCCUGGAGCAAAUACGCAGCUCGAAUGGCGGCGCACGCACCGUGACCAAUCCGAAAAUGCGACGCACCAACUCGCGCAGCGGCAGCGUCAACGAGGGCAGCAGCUCCAACAAUAACAGCGAGAGCGAGGAUCGUGCCGCCGCUGAGGAGUCCAGCGACUGUGACUCCCAUGCUGGCAAUUUCGAGAAGCUGUCGAGCACAGGAACUGACGCUGGAGCAGCAGCAGCAGCAGCAACAGCCGCCGCGGCCGGCACACAUAUCGGCGGCGGCAGCCAGGUGAAGGAUGCGGCCUACUAUGAGCGUCGGCGCAAGAAUAAUGCAGCGGCCAAGAAGUCGCGCGAUCGUCGUCGCAUCAAGGAGGACGAAAUCGCCAUCAGGGCUGCCUAUCUGGAGCGUCAGAACAUUGAGCUUUUGUGCCAGAUCGAUGCGCUGAAGGCGCAGCUGGCCGCCUUUACCGCCAAGGUGGCUGUUUAG